AUGUUAACAAGUCUCGUACAGCUCUCUUUUUCUGCAGUUCUUCUUUGUCAUAAAGGAGAAGAACUGGAGUUUUAGAUAAAUUAUGAUAUAAUAGUAUUAGAUAGAGUGAUACACAUCCACAGUGAAGCUUCUCUCUCUCUAGGCAUUUUACUCAAAAGCCUGAAAAAGGAAUAGUUUAAAAGAAAUCCAAGAGCUUUCUUUCCUUUUCCCACUCACACAGCAUGUGACAUCUGACACAUUCUUCUUCUUGAACUCGGUUAGAUGCACGCGUAUAUUGUUGCUUGACCUUUUCUUUGAUAGCAAGUAAAGGAUUUGGUUAAUAUUAUAUAUUUGUUUGAUAGUGGCGAUCAAUGGCUGCUUCUUCGUCUAGAGGACGAAGUAGCUCGCCGUAUCAAUAUCGUAAGCCAUCAAGUCCAUUUUCGUCUUCUUCAUCUUCAAAUUCGUUCAUGAAUGGUCGGCUUAUGCCUCGAUCAGGCUCUUCUGGCUCCAGAUCCAUGACUCCCAGCAGGAACCCAACCGGUCGUUCGCCGGUUAAUUAUCCGUCAGCUGAGGAGUUGAUUGCUGAGCCGCCGGUCGAUAUCUCCAGAUCGGGAGAGAGUAUUUCGGUUACUGUUAGGUUUCGCCCAUUGAGUGAAAGAGAAUAUCAGAAAGGCGAUGAAAUUGCUUGGUAUGCCGACGGUGACAAAAUUGUGCGGAAUGAGUAUAAUCCUGCAACAGCUUAUGCCUUUGAUAGAGUAUUUGGACCUGACACAAGUACCCAGGAGGUUUAUGAAGUAGCUGCGCGACCCGUUGUCAAGGCUGCAAUGGAAGGCAUAAACGGCACAGUUUUUGCUUAUGGUGUUACAAGUAGUGGCAAGACACACACUAUGCAUGGAGAUCAUAUUUCUCCAGGUAUAAUUCCGUUGGCGAUAAAGGAUGUUUUUAGCAUCAUUCAAGAUACUCCUGGACGCGAGUUCUUGCUUCGCGUAUCAUAUCUUGAAAUCUAUAAUGAGGUUAUCAAUGACUUACUGGAUCCAACUGGCCAGAAUCUGCGUGUUAGGGAAGAUAAUCAGGGUACUUAUGUUGAAGGCAUAAAGGAAGAAGUUGUUUUAUCACCUGGGCAUGCGCUCUCUUUCGUUGCUGCAGGGGAAGAGCAUCGACACGUUGGUUCAAACAAUUUCAACUUGUUUAGUAGCCGCAGUCACACAAUAUUUACCUUGAUGAUUGAAAGUAGUGCUCAUGGGGAUGAAUAUGAUGGAGUGAUCUUCUCACAGCUUAACUUGAUUGAUUUAGCUGGAUCUGAGAGUUCUAAAACUGAAACAACGGGGUUGCGGAGAAAGGAAGGAUCAUAUAUCAACAAAAGUCUUCUGACUCUUGGAACUGUCAUUGGAAAAUUGAGUGAAGGGAAGGCAUCUCAUGUUCCUUAUCGGGAUUCUAAACUUACUCGGCUGCUCCAGACAUCGCUGAGUGGGCAUGGACAUGUGUCUCUCAUAUGUACUGUUACUCCUGCAUCAAGCAAUAUGGAGGAAACACACAAUACACUGAAGUUUGCAAGCAGGGCUAAACGUGUGGAGAUUUAUGCAUCACGCAACAAGAUUAUUGAUGAGAAAUCCCUGAUUAAGAAAUAUCAAAGGGAAAUAUCAUGUCUCAAACAAGAGCUUGAUCAACUAAGAAGGGGGAUGCUUGUAGGUGUUAAUCCUGUAGAACUUAUGACUUUGAAACAGCAGUUGGAAGAAGGGCAAGUAAAAAUGCAGUCAAGACUGGAAGAGGAGGAGGAAGCCAAGGCAGCUCUUAUGAGCCGGAUACAGAGGCUAACUAAACUGAUCCUUGUUUCUUCAAAGAAUACAAUCCCAAGGUAUUUGGGGGAUGUUGCUGGGCAUCAGAGGAGUCAUUCUCCUUCUGAAGAUGAUAAGAUGGAUAGUUCUAUGCUUAUAGAUGGUGAGAAUCAGAAAGACCCUUCAGCAGAUACUUCUGAUCUCAAACUCAGAAGAUCUUCUAGCAAGUGGAAUGAUGAUAUAUCUCAGGUUGGGAAUGCGAUCACUGAAUCGGCUCAGGAAGGAAUUUCAAUGUCAGAUCAGAUGCACCUCUUAGUUGAGCAAGUCAAGAUGCUUGCUGGAGAGAUUGCAUUCAGCACCAGUACAUUGAAGCGCUUGGUUGAGCAGUCUGUUAAUGACCCCGAGAGUUCGCAAACACAAAUUCAAAAUUUAGAUUGUGAAAUUCAAGAAAAGAGAAAGCAAAUGAGAAUGUUGGAACAACGUAUUGUUGAAAGCGGUCAAGCAUCUGUUGCAAAUGUAUCUUUCGUCGAAAUGCAGCAGACUUCGAUGAAAUUGAUGACACAAUGUAGUGAGCAGAGUUUUGAGCUUGAGAUCAAAUCUGCAGAUAAUCGGAUUCUCCAGGAACAGCUGCAGAACAAGUGCUUAGAGAACAAGGAACUACAAGAAAAGAUUUGUCAUCUUGACCAGCAGCUAGCGCCAGUCAAGGCAGAACAAUCAUAUCCCUCAUCAGAAAGAUGUGUAUCUGAUGAAUAUGUUGAUGAGCUUAGAAGGAGAAUUCAGUCACAGGAUAUUGAGAACGACAAGCUAAAGCUGGAACAUAUUCAGAUUGCGGAGGAAAACAGUGGACUGCGUGUGCAGAACCAGAAAUUGUCAGAGGAAGCUUCAUAUGCAAAAGAAUUAGCAUCUGCUGCUGCUGUUGAACUGAAAAAUUUAGCUGCUGAAGUCACAAAGCUCUCGUUACAGAAUGCAAAACUAGAGAAAGAAUUGUUGGCUGCUCGGGAGAUGUCGAGUUCUAGGAGUUCCAUUGCACAAGCUGGUAACCUUAGUAGCAGAAAGCAUGGCGAAAACGUAAGACCAGGGCGUAGAGGCCGGGUUUCUGGCCGAGGAAGUGAAGUUUCAGGAGUGAUUCAUGAUGACUUUGACACGUGGGACCUAGAUCCUGAAGAUCUAAAGAUGGAGUUGCAAGCAAGAAAACAACGUGAAGCAGUUCUUGAGGUUGCCUUGGCUGACAAGGAAAUUGUGGAAGAUGAGUACAGGAAAAAACUAGAGGAGGGAAAGAAAAGGGAGGCUUCUUUGGAAAAUGAUUUGGCAAAUAUGUGGGUGCUUGUUGCUCAGCUAAAGAAAGAGAAUAGUGCUAGGCAAGACUUGAAGCUGGCAGCUGACUGGCAGAUUGGUGGAGAAGACAAUAUGAUGAAUCCAGAAACUAAUGAUGGUGACCACAAGGACCCCAUCUCUGAUGUUAGCCAAGAUGGGGAUCAUACAAAUGCAGGGUCUGAGAUUCCGAAGGAAGAACCUCUGGUUGCCCGCUUGAAGGCUCGAAUGCAAGAAAUGAAGGAUAAGGAACACAGGUACUUGGGUAAUGUUGAUGCAAAUUCACAUAUAUGUAAAGUAUGUUUUGAGUCGCCUACUGCUGCAAUGCUUCUUCCUUGCCGCCAUUUUUGCUUGUGCAAGUCUUGUUCCCUUGCCUGCAUUGAGUGUCCAAUCUGUCGGACAAAAAUUGCAGAUAGGAUUUUUGCUUUUACUUGACUUUUUCCCGUUCAUCUGCUUGGAAUAAUGGUGCAUAAAAGGAGUUCAUUUACUCUUGUCAACUUGGCAUUUUCUAUGAUAUUCUUUAAUUAGUUCAACAGUAUGUAAAUUUCAACCCUAUUCAGAUGCUAUAUCAUUUUUUUCUAUGUACUUAACCAAGGACUGUAAAAUAAGAAGACACAAAGCAACAGAGGUAGUGACACAAAUUAGUAAAUCUGAAGUUCUCAAGGAGUUGCCAUAUGAUCAUCUUGAUCUUCAGAUUAAGUGUAGUCUUCAGAUGUAAUGUAUAGAACAGAUGAGCAAUACAAGAUGCCAUGUUAAUGUUG